GAGAGCCGGCGCGACGCGACGUGGUGCGACGACACCCGGUCAAGUCGUCUUCUCGCCGAGAGACGCGAUCUGACUUCUUGGCGCGUUACGACGAAGAUACAAAACGCGAUUCUCUCUCUCUUUCUCUCUAUCUCUCAUUUCACGUUUGCAAGCUACACGAAUGGUAACACUACACGGGGGUGCGUGAGAUUACCGUUGCUAAAGAUGAUGUAAAACUGCCGACGAUACGGCAGUAUACAGUUAAAAAACGCGGAAUUUAUAGUGACUAACGGUGGGCAUCCUUUUGCGCUGGGCAACAGCGGCCAACAGGAGGAUCGACGUGAAGAGGUGGGAGCCAUGCCGCCCGGGCGAGCUUCCCUCGAGGCAACCAGCAGGAUCGUCCAGCUACAGUCUUCCUGUCCUUCGUGGCUGUCGGCUCGUGCUCGCAUUUGUUAAGAUAAGACCAGACAAUGCUAAUAGAUUCGGAAGAUCGAUUCACCAGCGCGCCACGGUAACGAAACUUGGUGAGGAACUGUGGAUUGGUGUAAUAGAACCUCGGCCCCAGGAGUGGCCCGGGGGUUACCCUGGGGACCUUGGGGAAACGAUCCUGCGAGGACGAAGUGGCUGAGACCGACGAAGGACACGGGAGGCGGAGGAGGAGGCCGCUAUGAACGCCGUUAACGUCGAGAGGAACUCCUGGCGGCUACCUCCCGAUGAGACCGUCCAGGUCGCCGAUCCCCGUUCAAAAUCAGCUCAGGUAAAAGAGGAUUUAACGUACGCGGAUGGCGGUCACAAUUGGCGCAGCAUAGUUUUCUCGCUGCUGGUCAUCGGCUUCGUUAUCGCCGGUAUCGUCACAGCAAUUUAUCUUCUCGGGUACGUCGACGAGCUCCUGUAUUGGAGCGGCAGGCGUCUCACGUUGGACGAGUGCCUUCACGAUGACCUGACACCGCACAGGUUGUCACCGACCUGGAUAACCCACGAGAAGUUCGUGUACCAAGCGGACGACGGUUCUCUCACCCUUCUGGACACUAGCAACAAUGUUGUGGCUCUCUUGGUCUCUAAUCACACGCUUAGACAACUGAACGUUCAGGGCUACGAAUGCAGCUCGGACUUACGUUAUGUACUCUUCAGACACAAUGUCAAGCCGGUCUUUCGAAAUACUUUCACCGCUCAUUACACCGUUUACGAUGUCACAAACGAUCAUCACACACCUCUUCGCUUACAACCUUCGCGACGUAUGCAACAGACGCGUUUGCAACACGCUAUGUGGUUGGGCAACACAUCCAGUCUCGUGAUGGUCUCCGAGAAUGACAUUUAUCUUAGAAUGUUGCCCACCUCGACGGAAGACAUUAGGCUGACUGACACCGGUGUGCCUGGAGUGAUUUACAACGGCGUGCCGGAUUGGUUGUAUCAAGAGGAGGUGCUUCCGAGACCGCAGGCGACAUGGCCCAGCCCGGACGGCUCGCAUAUCCUCUACGCCACGUUCAACGACACGAAAGUGACCGCGUUGCAGUUUCCCUGGUUCGGCACGCAGCUGGGCCAAGACGGCGUGAGUUCGAGUCCUCUGGGCGCGUCCAGAAGAAGCUCCUUCCCGCCAUCCAGAUCGAUCAGGUAUCCGACGCCGGGCUCGCCCAAUCCAGAAGUCGAACUGUGGGUCAUGGACGUCACGAAUCCGAGCUCGACGAAUUAUAGCAACGCGGGGAACAUCACGUUGCCGACGAAAAUCAAGCUGAAGCCGCCGUCAGUGCUGGACGGACAAGAGUACUAUCUGAUAUCCGCUGGCUGGGUCGGCGAAGACGCGUCGCAGAUCGCGAUAGUCUGGAUGACGAGGAUGCAGAACCUGUCGCUGGUGACGGCCUGUCGCGCACCCAUGUGGGAAUGCGAGGAGACCCACUCGGAGAGAGCGCCCGAGGGACUGUGGCUGGACGCCCAACCGCAUCCUCUCUUCGCUCCGGACGGCGACAGUUUUCUACUGCUGGCCACGGUGCAGGAGGGCGAUAAGGAACAUUUCACGCACAUAAAACACGUCACGCUCACACAGCAGAGAAUAGCGGUGCUUUCUCAUGGUCGUUACGAGGUAAGCGAAAUCUUGGCGUGGGACACCAAGGCGCAUCUCGUGUACUAUCUGGGCACCAGAGAGAAGAGACCAGGCCAGAGACAUCUCUACGUGGUGCGCGAUCCCGCCGCGGACGAUCCUCGUCAUUUUGAGCCGCUCUGUGUCACGUGUGAUCUCGGAGAAGUUCUUUGGAGCAGUAGGUUCUAUUAUACGAAUUGCACGCACUUUGGCGCGUCCGUCAGUCCGCCGAUGAACGAGGACGAGCAGGGUUAUUACGUGCUGUACUGCGAAGGUCCCGGUCUUCCACUUGCCGGCGUGCACAUGAUGACGUCGCACAAGAUGGUUCGCGUGCUCUACGACACGAGGCUCCAGCGCGCGAACAAACUAUCAGAGCUGGCACUGCCUCUCAGACGAAACUUUGAGGUGCCACUACCUCAAGGCUGGCGGGCGCAGGUGCAGCUGUUACUGCCCCCUUCGUGGCGCGAGGAGCUGAGAGACGCGGCGUUCCCGGUACUUGUCGAGGUGAACGGUCGUCCCGGCAGCGUGGCGAUCACGGACAAGUUCCGGAUAGACUGGGGAACGUACAUGUCGAGUCACAACGACGUGGUCUACGUGAGACUUGACGUACGCGGCGCCCGAGGUCAGGGAAAGAGGGAUCUGUUCAGGAGGAUAGGCGGCGUCGAGGUGCAGGAUCAGCUCACCGUGCUGAAGUAUCUGCUGAAGACGCUCAAGUAUCUGGACGUCACCAGAGUCGGCGUCUGGGGUUGGGGUUACGGCGGAUACGUGACCGCAAUGGUUCUCGGCAAUCAGGAGAACGUUUUCAAAUGCGGCGUCGCGGUGAAUCCUAUCGCCGAUUGGAUGUAUUAUAAUUCCGCGUUUACGGAACGAGUCCUCGGCGCUCCGGCUGAGAACUACAAGGGUUACGUCGAGGCCGAUCUCACUCAACGAGCGAAAUUGGUACCCAGUCACAGCCUUUAUCUUCUUCAUGGUCUAGCUGACCUCACAGCGCCUUACACGCACGGCGUCGCCUUCGCCAAGGCUUUGUCCGAAGCGGGAGUCAUCUUUAGAUAUCAGAGUUACGCGGACGAAGAUCACGCCCUGACGGGUGUGCUCGAACACGCUUAUCGUUCCAUGGAGGACUUUCUUGCCGAGUGCCUCGCUCUGGAUGCCUCCUAGUGCCUCAAGCCGAAGAAUCCCUUAAUGUCUCUAGUGCGCCUAUUUCCGACACAUCCAGAACGGACGUUAAUACGGAGACUCGUCCUCGAGAUCACGGCAGUUACACUCGUGAGCGGGAGAUGAUCUCCUGGGCAAAGCUCGUCUAAAGUCUGAAUCCGCGGAGUAAGUCAAGGCUGCUGGUUUUUGAAAAAACGUGGCGGGGUGAGAAAAGUGGGAAACGCGAACCACGCGCAAUUUGUCGUGAAAUCGAUAUAAUUCGAAAAUAAGAAUUCGUUUCAAAGGAAGAAAGAGAGGUAAUCGAGACGCGCGUGUUUUCAAAAGCGCAGAUCGAAGUAUUAAAGUUUACGAAGCUUAUGGAUGACUCGCAAAUUCGCGUCGUUCGACGUGACACCACUGAGAUCGUUUUCAACAAAACAAAAAAAUAUUAAAAAAAAAAAAUUGACGUUGAGUGUUUUGCAAAGCUCGCAUUAAAAACAAAAACAAAAAAAAAUAAAUGAUCGUGUUCCACGUUUAAAGGGCGCUCGCAUAAAAAGGGCCUGAGAACUUCGUAAAGCGACUCCACGGGGGGGGGGAGGUGCGAGUUCACCGCGAAUUGAAUAACUCGUUCAACGUACAGAGCUUAUUGGGAGUCUGCAAACUUGCACUCUUUUUUACGUCUCAUUUUCCACAUGGAAAUUAUCGAAUUGAAUGACACAUUCGAUUAACGUAAUCGCGCGCAGAUAAAACAAAAACAAAAAAAAAAAACAAAAAAAAACUGACUCCGUAAAUCGCAAUCGACACUUUUCAGGGGAGAGAGAAAGAAUGUAAAAAAAAAAAAAAUUAGAUCUAAAAAGUCUCCGCAUUUGUUCAAGGCAAAGUUUGCAAGCUUCCAUCUCACGUUCUUUUUUUUUUCUUAGCCACGUCACUGGUGCCUCCUCGAUUUUAAACGGGGGAAAAAAAAAAAAAAGUAUCUACGCCUAUGCGGUGACGUUCGUCCAAAGGCAUCGACAUACAUAAUACCAUUAUAUAUAGAAUCGGACGGCUAACACUGUAAGUUUUGUGUUGUACAGCUUGGCGCCUAGUUCUAUGUAUCAUAAUGUUAUAACGCGUAAGAAAUUGUUCUCACUUCGGACCCUCGUGUAAUUCCCAAUCUCUCUCACCCGUUCCUCAUCCAUCUUCCCCCUAUAUCCCCUCUUUGAAUUUUGAAUAUUUGUACAUAAUGUACGUAUACACAUGAAUGUUCUUUCGCGCGAGGCUCUUUCGACGAGAUAAAAAUGGAGGAUGAGAACAAAAUAUAUCAUAAAUGUGUGUUUCAAAUUCGAAUUUGUCGACAAAACAAAAAAAUAACAUAUUUAUCACAGAAGAGUGAUCUCAGAUCUCGUCGAAGGUGCUGCCCCAAACCUCAUUGUACAUCCCUCUUACACACUGGUCGAUCCCGAAUGGAUGAACGAAUAUGCUAUAACCAGGCGAUAAACUCACGAUCGUCGCAACUAGCUGUCGAUCAUCGAUCAGGCGCGAUCGACAUUGAGAUUCUCGAGCACUUGUUCGCUUUCGUUAAGCACUUGUUACAAGUGGGACAGCCGAAGACGAGAGAAAUAUGACGAUUAUCUGCAACACACAUGACUGACUUCGCUGUUUGUUUCGAAAGCAAGUGCUCGAGAAUCUCAUGGAUUGGGCUCGUAAUCGUCUCGAAAAUAUCUGCGACAAGUGUUGACAUUUUUUUACACUAUAUUUUAUACGUAAUAACAAAAAUCGGAAAUGCGAAAGUUUCGAGAAUAUUAUUACCUUGCAGAAUUUGGCGUCAAAAUUUUCUUAGAGAGAGAGAGAGAGUGUGUGUAUGUGUGUGUGUGUGUGUGUGUGUAAUGUUACAAACUUGAAACUUUUCUAGUAGAUCCUUUUAGUGAUAUAAAUAAAACAUGAAUUUUUCCGAAUCUAUAUUGAUUAAUUUUGUGCUAAACAUAAUGUGAGAGAUACUAUCAAAAAAAAUAAAAUAAAAUAAAAACCUGCAGAUAAUGUUCGAGACCACGUCAAUCUAAUUUCUAGUCGUUGUGUGAAAUAAAAAAAAAAAAAUGUUAAUUUGUAAGUUCGUCAAUGUUUAAUUAGGAAACCGGCGUGCUCCGGACGAGGAAGUGUCGCACGUCGCCAUGUGUAUGCUGCAUGACCAGCAGCCCUUAAAUGCCGACAAUCAAGGCUAGUGCAACCAAUCAAACGAUAAUAAAUAGAGAAACGGAGAGAAAAGAAAAACCUACUUAACCUAUAAAAUAAUUUUAAUGAAUACUCGUUGAAUGAUCGUUGUGGGGAUUCAUGCGUGUUAUAUAUAAACCCGUAUCGCAAAGAGCCAGUAUAUUGUCCACCCUAUUGCGGCCAAAGAGAGAGCCUCGCGAGAGCAAUUCUCUCGCGUGAGUAGAGUGCGAAGGUCUGUUAAAAGUCGAGAUGACGUGUUCGCUAUCGGCUGUAGAAAGUACAAAAAUGUGUAACGCGUAAUGGAGGCUUCGAGAAAAAUUUUUUCCUUCACUCGCAUACAUGUUUUAAAUCUUCGUAAAAAAUAAAAAUUAUCUUCUUUCGUCAGUUUUUGACAGUCAAUAUUAGAAAGAGAGAGAGAGAGAGAAAGAAAUAUUUAAAAUAAAUGUUUUAAUUAACACAACGAAGUGUGCAAUAAAAAUUUUUCUCUUCUGUUUAACAAGGUUCCUCCGUUUCGCGAUAACAGAAUAGUCGUUCGUAGUGUAACAAAAUGUUCGUUGUCAACAAAAUACAUUAUAUCGCUUUUAUUUAAUCCCAAAUGAAUAAUGCGUAACGCGCGAGCGAUCGAGACGCGAAUUUGUUAGCGAUCCGAGAAAAAGGAAAAAGGGAAUGAAUGAGCGACUGAUUGAGAUGACGACUUGGUGAGGGGUGAGAAUUAUAGGGAAAAGGACGGGACGAAGAGGAGACGAAAAAGAAACGGAAGUAGAGCGAAUGGGGAGCGAGAGAGCGAAAGUGUGUGUGUGUGUGUGUGCAAAAAAAAAUCACAAUCAAUUAUUAAAUAUAAAACGGCAGAAAGUGUGCGGCAGAUUAUUAAAACGUAAGCAUAGGGCAUCGAAGAAAAAAAAACUUAUCACAAAGGCAGGCACGCAACAAGCAUGCGAAUUAUGAUGAAUUAAUCGCAAAACAAACAAACUUCGGUAGCAGCGCAUAAGGGUAUCUUACAGCUUUUGGUAAUUGUAUUAUCGCCGCUAGGCUAAUUGAGAAAAAAAGGCAAAGAAAAUUAUACACACAUUAUAGGCAUAUGCAACAAAUACAUAUACACAACGUACAGAUUUACACGUAUACACGCAACAUAUUAAGAGAAACAGAUAAUUCAUAUGGAACUCGAUGAAGAUCGGGCCCGUGCGAACGCGCACAAAUAAUAAAAUUCACGUGAAUUACAGUAGCGGUAUCGGUCGCGCAGGUCAAUCAUCGAUUGUCAAAUAAAUAAACGCGUUAACAACCGCGGAAAAUUUUGAUAAAAAUCAAAUUGCACGUACAUCCGUAUCGAUCUUUCGCGAAAGAAAUAGCCACUUGUUUAAAAACCAAAAAAAAAAAAAAAAAAUUAUCGUUCCUGAUGUAAAUAUAGAAGAAACGUUUUAUUUCAAUUUUUCGAAUAACUUUGGAAGUUUUCUUUGCAUCGCGCGAAUAUCGAGAAAAGUGUAUGCAUAGAAAAUUUCCAUUCCAAAAUCCGAUUGUGUUUGACGAUCGGUCUUGCUCGUGACAGACAACAAAUUGACCUCUUGACGACGAGUGUGAUGGUUUUUUUUUGUUUUUUUUUGUUUUCCAACGAUCUGUAGCUUCGAACGAGUCCCUGUGUCCGUUCAGAAUUUAUAUUCGACUGUCUCGAGAGAAAGAUUGUUGU